AAUUAAAGAGAAAACAAUUCAACCCAAUAAUCCCAAAAAAAAAAAAUAAUAAUAAUAACACACACACACACAGACACACAGAAAGUGUGAAACAAAACGGCACCACCACCACCAUCAUCUUCUUCUUCUUCUUCAGUUCUUCUAUGAGCUAAACUUCCGUGACAAAAACGUCGUCGUUUUUGGUGGUUUGGUUGUGUUCCGAAUCCCCAUGGAAUCUACAACCUUCGCCAGUUUCAGAGCCUCUUCUCCUCAUUCGAUGCAACAACCUUAUCUUCUGAGACCCUCUCCUUUACCCUCUCACCUUCGAAUUUUGAAAUUGAGGCGUUUUGGUUUGGAUAAGAAUCGUUUAGUUGCUCGUUGCUCUUCUGGUUCCGAUGAAUUUGGUCCUUUCAAUGGGUUGCACUUCGCACCGAACAAGCUCUUCAGGCAGGAGGCUAUUGGAGCUGAAUAUGGGGAAGGCUUUGAGACUUUCAGGACGGAUGGACCAUUGCAAGUUGAUGUGGACUACUUGAAUGACAAGUUGCAAGAUGGUUUUCUUCAGCGCAUUCGCUAUGCCAUGAAGCCGGAUGAAGCCUAUGGUCUUAUCUUCUCUUGGGACAAUGUGGUGGCUGAUACCCGAGCUCUGAAGAGGAAGGCGUGGAAGGAGCUGGCCUUGGAAGAAGGAAAGGAUAUUCCUGAAGAUGAUGAUAUGCAAAGAUUGGCACUUUAUGCAGGUGUUGAUGAUGUGUUGCAUAAGCAUUUCCUCUCAGACAAGGCAGAAAAUGAGAUGGAGAGGCUAAAGUUAAGGUUUUCUCAGUUAUAUUAUGAUAAUCUUCUAAAGCUUGAAAGACCAAUGGAGGGCCUCAGAGACUGGUUGGAAGCAGUUCAUACAGCUCGAAUUCCGUGUGCUGUUGUUUCAAGUCUUGAUAGAAAAAAUAUGGUAGAAGCUUUGGAAAGGAUGGAGCUCAACAAAUAUUUCCAGGCAGUUGUGACGGAAGAGGAUGGAAUGGAAUCAAUAGCUCAUAGAUUUCUUUCUGCUGCCGUCAAGCUUGAUCGGAAACCCUCGAAGUGUGUUGUUUUUGAAGAUGAUCCUCGAGGAGUAACUGCUGCACACAAUUGUACGAUGAUGGCUGUUGCAUUAAUUGGCGCUCAUCCAGCGUAUGAUUUGGGGCAGGCUGAUCUUGCAGUUGCUAACUUUGGUGAACUUUCUGUGAUAAACUUGAGAAGAUUAUUUGCUAACAAGGGUUCUACGUUUAUGGACCUGCAGAAGCAGAUCAUAGAGAAAGCUCCUCAGAAAAGGAAACUUACAAUAGACACCAUUUUCUAAAUAUAUUCUCCUUGCCAUUCUUUUUUCUCUUUUUUUGGGAGCCCUGGCCCUCAGAUAAUUUUCCUUGUAAUUAAAUAUAGUUAUGUAGUCCUGAUUUCUAUGUCAAAUAAAAUGGCUAUCAGUUAGUUCUGAUGUAA